AUGAGUUGCUACGACUACAACUGUCGUGGUCCUCGUUUUUGGGCCAUCAUGAUAUGGAUACUUCUUUUCCACCUUACCCAUAUCAAGAGUUUAACUAGUAUAAAUUCUUCGAAAUUUCGACCCAGUUUGAAUCCAAAUGCAAAAUCCAAGCCCUCGAAGAACGCAGCAUUCUCGGCGGGUACUACUGCUUCCACUGAAACAGUGCAGGUGAAUUCGCCGUCGUUGGUACUCAACCAGAUCCAUGAGAUUACCGGUGUACCGCAAGUUAGAAGGUUCGAUUGGGUUGUAGCAAAUAAAACCGCAGCCUUUGAUGGGUUCACCAGAAAUGUUUUUGUGAUCAACAAUCAAUUUCCGGGACCACUCAUUGAGGCAAAUGAGGGUGACACUAUUAUAGUAAACGUUAAAAAUGAGCUCAACCUCCCACUCAGUAUUCAUUGGCAUGGGAUUUACCAGAGAGGUACCCAAUGGAUGGAUGGUGUUUCGGGAGUAACCCAGUGCCCGCAACAACCUGGAACUACAUUCACCUACCAAUUCACGGUCAAGGACCAGUUUGGAACCUUUUGGUAUCAUGCACACUAUGCAGCCUUAUUGGCCGAUGGUAUUUCAGGCCCAUUGAUCAUUCACAGUCCUCGAGAUCCUCUGGUUCGAGGGAUAGACUUCGAUAAUGACCAGAUUCUUUUCAUGAACGAUUGGUACCACGACCCGAGCACCACCAUCUCACGUAAACUUCUAUCAACCAAAGGCUAUAAUGGAUCCUUAGCAGCCCCUUCCCCUAAUACUGCUUUGUUGAAUGGAGUAGGUUUUUUCAACUGUGAAAAAUAUGGUCAAGGAAAGCCAUGUCAAACAAACACCAGCCCGCUAGAAAUUCAAGUACCCCCCAGGCAAAGGUCCAGGAUACGAUUGAUCCAAGCGGGAUCGCAUGCCUUAUUUAAGGUUUCGGUUGAUAAUCACCCACUAGAAGUCAUCGAAGCGGACGCCACUCCAGUCCGCAGCUCUACACCAUUCCACAGAAUUAAUCUUCACAACGCGGAGAGAUAUAGCGUGAUAUUAGACACUCGAGCGGAUAAAGAAGGUGAUUCGUUCUACCUGAGGGCCGCAAUGGACACUGAUUGCUUCGCUUGGCUCGCUCCCGGAAUGGACACUGCCGAAGGGAACACAGCCUUGGCCGUAGUACGAGUCUCUUCCAAGCCUCCGGCAAGUGUUGGAGAUCGGUCUGGAAUUUCAAGGCCAACUACACUAGAUUGGAAGGACACAUUGAAUGGACCAUGUGUUGACUUGGAUCAGACAAAACUUUCACCAAUAAUCAAUCCUAAAUUGAAGACUACUGCAAUUGGAAGAGUGUACUUCAAUACAAGCUUCGGUACCAUUAUUGACAAUUCAAGGAAAGGUCCUAAAAAUGUCUUGGGGAGAUUCUUUGUGGAUAACACCACGUGGAUUUCUCGCGAAACAAAGCCAAUACUACCUAAAAUGCUAAGCGGAGGAAGGGGAAUUUUGAAUACCUCUGAGGUGGCCAUACAGAACAUCUCAAGACCAGGAAUUUGGGACGUGGUAGUCAACAAUUUGGACCAAGCACUUGAUCAUCCCCUCCAUCUGCAUGGUGUUGAUACAUGCGUAGUUGCCUCAGGGAAAGGUACAUUAAGUGAAUCAAACUUACCGUCGGCUCAGUACCAACUUGACAAUCCGCUUUGUCGAGAUGUCCAUGUGGUCCCCGGGGGAAGCUACCUUGUUAUGCGAAUAAGGGCUGAUAACCCAGGAGUGUGGAUCCUUCAUUGCCACAUUGACUGGCAUCUGGCUGCUGGCUUUGCAGGAAUGCUUGUGAUACAACCCGAUAUUCUGACGCAAACAGUUUUACCGCAAGCAAACCAAGGACUAUGUCGCAAAGGCAGAAAGGGCUCCUAG